AUGUCAUCGGCAAAGGCGUCUGGAAACGACGCGAAUGGCGGCGCGCGGUCGCGCGAUCAUAACCAGGGCAACCAGGACCGCAAAUACACACCCGAGCAGAAGGCCGCUGUGCUGCGAAUCCGGAAAUGCGGAGCCACCGACUUCUACGAGAUCCUGGCUGUUGAGCGCUCGGCGACCGACAGUCAGAUCAAGAAGGCGUACCGGAAACAGUCUUUAUUGACACACCCCGAUAAGAACGGUUACGAUGGCGCCGAUGAGGCCUUCAAGAUGGUCUCGCGCGCUUUCCAGAUCCUCUCGGAUGAAGAUAAGAAGUCUCGCUAUGAUAAGUUUGGAGGAGACCCCGAUAGCAGAUUCAACCCUGGCCCAAGUGCCUCGAGCGGUGCCUCUCCGUUUAGUGGUUUCGGAGGUGGUGGCUUCCCGCGAUCAGGAGGACGUGGUCCGGCCUUCGAAGAGGAAAUAUCGCCUGAAGAAUUAUUCAAUCGCUUCUUCAAUGGUGGAUUUGGGGGAAUGGGUGGCGGUUUUGGUGGCCCCGGUUUUGUCUUCAACAUGAACGGUGGCCCCGGAUUCCGAGUCCACCAAUUCGGAGGUGGCAUCCCACGCCGCAGACCUGCUACAAAUGCCGCCGGGCAGUCACCAGCCAAUAUGGAUGGCUGGACUCUUCUUCGUCAACUCGCCCCCCUCAUUAUUCUCUUCGUUCUCCCCCUCCUCUCCUCCCUUUUCACCGGCUCCUCGACUCCUUCCGGCCCGUCAUACCGGUUUGACACUGCGAAGCCACCCCAUACCAUGGGCCGUACAACACCCAACCUCAACCUUAAUUAUUUCGUGAACCCAGUCGACGUGGAAGACUUUAGCGCACGCAGGUUCCGCCAACUUGAUAAGCAGGUCGAGUUAGAUCACGUCAAAGCCCUGCGGUUUGAUUGCGAGAGCGAGGUUAACUUUCGGGAACGGAAAAUUCAGGAGGCCCAAGGUUGGUUCUUCCCAGAUAUCGAGAAGAUGAAAGAAGCCCGUGCGAUGGAGCUUAAGAGCUGCCGACGGCUCGAGAACCUCCGGGGGAAGUACUGA